AUGGCCGCCUCAUCCAUCCGCAACUCACUCAAGAGCCACUACCCCUGGGCCGCCUUCCCAUUGAUCAUCUCGGCCCCCAUGCGUGUCAUGUCGGGCCCUGCUCUCGCCCUCGCCGUCUCUGAGGCUGGAGGUUUGGGGUUCAUCGGCCCGGGUAUCAAGCCCGAGUCCAUCCUGACUGAUCUGACCGAAGCCGCCUCGCUAUGUUCACAGCGGGCUUCUGACGCUACACGGCUCAGUGUCCAAGACGAGGGGGUUCUACCUGUUGGGAUUGGGUUCCAGCUGUGGAAUGGUGAUCUCGGUUCGGCGAAGGAGGCGGCGGAAAAGUUUAUCCCGGCGGCGAUUUGGCUUUUUGCGCCAAAGGAUGGGCAAAAGGAUGUUGACGACUGGACUGAGGGGUUGAGGGGGGUGACCAAGGGGAGGAGUCAGAUUUGGUUGCAGGUUGGGACUGUGGGUGAAGCGGUUGAGGCGGCAGAGUCGAAACGGGGGAGGCCAGAUGUGCUGGUUGUCCAAGGACAGGAAGCGGGUGGGCAUGGGAGGACGAGUGAUGGGGCUAGUUUGGGGACGUUGGUGCCUGAAAUCAAAGAUACACUGGAGGAAAGGGGUGCAGGUGACAUUCCACUGUUUGCGGCGGGAGGGAUUGCUGAUGGGAGGGGUGUGGCUGCGGCUCUGUGCCUGGGGGCAUCUGGAGUGGUCAUGGGGACAAGGUUUCUGUGUUCAAACGAGGCGAGAAUCAAAAAGGGUUACCAGGACGCUGUGCUUGAGGCUAAAGACGGCGGAAAGAAUACAGUUAGGACCCAUCUGUACAAUCACCUGAGGGGGACGUUUGGGUGGCCGGAAGAGAAGUGGGCGCCGAGGACAAUUGUCAACAGAAGUUGGGAGGAACACACUCAGGGUGGCAUUUCUUUUGAUCAGCUGAAGGAGAAACACGACCAGAGUGUGAAAGAAGACGGCGAUAAAGCCUGGGGAAGACAGACUGGCAGGACGGCAACAUAUGCUGGCAGUGGCGUUGGUUUGGUCAGAAGUGUUGACCCGGCAGGCGAAAUUGCCGAGAAGACCAGGGAAGAGGCAAAGAAGAUUUUGAGGGGCCUGCAGAGUGGGCUGCAAGUUUAG